UCAAAGGUAUUGCUUUGUCUAUUGUUGUCGUCAGGAUGUUUCAGCCAACCCUUACAUGAAAUUUAGCAAAACACUGCAGUCGAUCUAUUUUGACCAUAUUUUAAUAUAAGGCAGUGCUUCUUCAGACGGCGAGAGAAAACGACAGAUCAAAAUGGCUGAAUCUAAGUUACAUUACGAAGAUCGCUAUAUGAAGUCGUAUGAGGCUUUCAUUGCAUCUUCAAACAAGUAUGAACGGCAGGACACUUGGAGCAAGACAGUGCUACUCGACAAGAUCGUCCCUCAUCUCCCAAACUUGGACCAAGACAAUGAGCUCCGUGUCUUAGGAGUAGGCAGUGGAUCUGGGGAGAUAGAGUAUCCAUUCCUGACCGCACUCCUGAAGAAAUUUCCGAUCAUCACGAACCGUGUAGUUGAACCUGCCGAAGAUCAAAUCAACAAGUACAAAGCACUGGUCCAAUCCAAGGGACACGAACUACAAGGUGUAAAGUUUGACUGGCGACAGCAAACCCUUGAACAGUACAGAGAUACUGACGGAAUUGGAACCAAGUUUCAUUUCAUCAGCGCUAUUCACUCCCUGUACCACGUUGGUGACGUAGAGAGCUCCUUGAUGUAUAUGUACGACCUCCUUGAACCUGGUGGCAAAUUGCUUGUCAUUAUCAUGUCAGACGAGAGUAGUUGGUUCAAGCUCUGGAGAAGUGUUCCUGAUUCCUUGAAACAGGAUGUGCGGUACUUUGGCCUUGCUUCAUUGCAGAGCCCGUUCAACCAACGUAACAUUCCAUACACCCACAGUCACCAAAACUGUGAAGUGGAUAUCACCCAGUGCUUCGACAAGACGUCUGAAGACGGGGAACUCUUGCUUGAAUUCAUCCUCGCAGUGACGCAGUUUAAAAAGAAGGCAACCGCCUCACAGUAUCAAGACGUGAUUGAGCUUCUAGCCAGCAGUGAGUGCUCAAAGAAAGACGGGAGUAGAGUCAUCAUCAAUGUUGAAUGGGAUGCAGUCAUCGUUACUAAAAAGCUGUCUGAUAACUGAGAGUCCAAAGCAGAAUGAAUGGCCCGUGACCGCACGACGACGCUCUCACAUUAUUGUUAUCACUUCCGGGUUAAUUUGUAUACACAUAAUUAUUGACUGGCAAUGAGGUAAAAUAGUGUACGUCUAUUCCCCGAGGCACUUUGAGUGACGUGACUAGCGGAGGUCCCUCUUCUGGUCAGUCAAAUGCCCGAGGGGGAAUAGACGUGCACUAUGUACCGACUAAUGCCAGUUCACCUCGGUCAAUUUGACAUAAAAUAUAACAAUUUGAAAGGAAA